AUGAUCACCGAGCCCUGGCAUGAGGCUGAAGCCACCAGCAAGCCAGUAUAUGAUCUUUCCGAGGCCUCCGUGGACAGUGAAGCUGAUGACUACUCUGCAGACUUACCUGGAGAGUUCCAAAAUUCAGACUAUAAUGGCCCACCAGUUGAAAGCACUACAACAUUAGCUGAAGAGAAGGAUGUAAACCAGGCCUCUGUGACAACAACCAUUGUCACAGAGCAAGAUGAAGAUCAAAUCUCCACUGAGAAAGACACCUUCACAGAGCAGGUUAAAGACCGGGCCUCCAUACAGAAUGCAACCUCCAUGGAGCAACAUGUAGACCGGGAGUCCACAAAGAUUGCCACUCUCAUUGGGCCAGAGACAGACCAGGCAUCCACACAGAUUACCUCCUCCAUGGGACAGGAUGAAGCCCAAGAGUCCAAGCCAAUCACCACUUCCGUGGGAGUAGAUAGGAAUCAGGCCUCCAUGCAGAUGGCCACCUCCAUAAGGCAAGAUGUAGAGACAGCCAUUUCCAUGGAUAUGUCAAAUUCUGGGGACAAAGAUGAGAACCCAGAUUCUCCAAGCCAUAACCAGGAGAAUCCUGAAGAAGUCACAUCUCUGCUGUCCCAAGGCCCAGUGGUCCCGCAAAUGUUUGUGGGCUUCCAGAAUCCAGUGUGGGACAGACUAGCUGAAAAUAACCGUGCAAGUCGGAGCCGCACAGUUUCCGCAAGUGACUCCCAGAACCUGGAGAAGACAGCAGAAAAGCUCAGUGUUCCUGAAGGGGAGCCAGAAACAGCUGCCCCCUCUGAAGAUGGCCAGUCUUCUGUGGGAGCUGCUGACGCAACCACUUUGGAUACCAGUAGUCCUGACCAAGAGAGCAUGGGUAUCACCAAGUGUGCUGAGCAGGAAGCUGAAGGCGUCAAGGCCUCGAACCCCAAAAGCAAAGCUAGAUCCCAGGUGCUGACCAGGGAGGAUUUAUCUAACAACUCAAGUACCCUGCAGACUUCCCCACCUUCCCCCAGCUCCCCAGCGGGCAGUGCACCUCCCUCUCCAGAUCCCAGCCACACGUCCCAGGGCAGGACUCUUCUAGACCCCAGCCUGUACAGGCCUGACGUGGAGAAUGACUACAUGCGUUCCAUGACUAGCCUGCUGGGCGGUGGUGAAGGCUCCAUCAGCUCUCUUGCAGACAUCCUGGUGUGGUCAGACACAGCCACGGGCAUGGGUUUGGCUGUGGGCUUUCUGGCUUCAGGCCGCAGCUCUCCAGCUGACAGGCUACAUGAUGAGGGUCCCAGCCUGCACACCGUCUCCAGCCUCUUAGGCAGUGCCAGGUCAGCUUUCUCCUCAGGGUUGGUGGCUGGAACUGGCUCGGCCCUGCGCUCAGUCACACACCUCCUGGAGUCUGUGGAGAGACGAACUGUGGAAGGCAUCCGUUCAGCUAUGCGCUACCUGGCCAACCACUUCACCCCACGCUGGUCCCGCGCUGGCCCCAGUAGCGACUAA